AUAGAGCGUACGCAGAAGAACGAGCAGCCAGCCGUUCGAUGUUCUCAGUUCAAGUAGAGAAAAUCGUCGAAGAAAUCUAAACGACCGUUAUGGAAUAAGCGUGCAACUUUGCUUAGCCUGUUUAGAAAGAAAGAAACGUUAGGGAAGUGCGGUCUCUCAGCAUAUGUAGAGACAUGUUGGAUUGAAAAUUGUUUAGCUUUGUUACGAAAAGAAUUGGAAAAGUUUUCUUUAUUAAUAAUUUAAUAAUUUAUUAUCAUCAAACACGCGGGAAUCGAAGUCUAUUCAAAAGUUUAGUGUGUUGAUUUUUCGUUUUUGUUAUUUAUACCAUCCAAAUAAGUUUCAUCUGAAUUUAAAUCGAGUCACAUCGAUCCCAAAACCCGUUAUAAAUGUUGAAGAUGUCAUUUUCGAAGGCAAAACUGAAGAGAUUUAACGACGUUCCAGUCGUUUCCUCUCCUUCACCGUUUGUCGAACCCAAAGAGAAGGAGCCAACAAAAAAGUCUAAAAAAGAGGACAAAAUCAAGAUGGGCAGCAUGGAUGCUGAAUCCAUCAAAACUACCAAAAGUGCUCUUAGCUUGUUCCGAACGCCAUCUCUGCCGCGACGUCUCAAAUUCAAGCACAUCUCGGAUCUGACACCGAAAAAAUCCUUCAAAGGGGACACUACCGAAAAGGUAAUCCGUCCCCUGGAGCGUGAUCUUGAACCAGCGGGAGCAAAGCCACACGAGAAGGGCGUCGAUUGUGGUGACAACGUUACCAGCCACAAAGUACCACCCAUCAUUCAGUUGUACAACAAGAUCGACGCCAACAAGGAAGCGCUCCAGCGAGCGCGGGAAGAGAACGAACAGCUUAAAGAGCAACUGCAGGAGUUGAUGGCUGAGAAACGUCGGGCCGAGGUCGAUCGGUGCAACAUGCUUGCGGAGAAAGAUCAUCAGAUUAUGCUGUUGGAACGGGAAUUGACUAGCAUAAGCAAGGCAGAUGAGUUACUGCAGAAAAUUGCCGAAGGUUGUCUGGAGAAAGUGAAGGAGAACGAGGAGGAGAUCAAGAGUUUGCACAAGGAUUACGAGAGACAACUUGGGGAAGUGUAUGAUUCAAAGAUUGAACUGGAGAUGAAAUACGAGGAGCUGGAGAUGAAGUAUAAUACCCUGUUGGAUGAUUCCAUUGUAGCAGAAGGUGAAUGUUACCUGUUGAACGAGGAAUUGAUGGCAAUGAGAGAGAUUUUAGAGGCGCAUGACUUAGAGCUGCAGAAAAGGUUGGAUGAAAUAAAAGAUUUGGAUUAUAAGUUGCUACAGAUGAUAGAGGAGGGAAAGGAGUUGAAGGAGCAGGUGAACUAUUUCCGUGUUCACGCAGAAGAAGACAUGAUGAGAUACGUGGAAGAAGGUCGGGUCACUAUUCGUGAGAUUGAUACUUUAAAAAAAGAAAACGAAAAACUGUUGAUACAGUUGAGCGAGAAAAAUACAAUAAUCGAAGGGAUGCAGGAGGAAUUGAACGAAAAUCAGUUUGAGAUGGAUGAAAUACGGGACGACGCGAGGAAUGAUUUCAACCAAGAAUUAAGUGCAGUAGUGAAAAAAUACGAGCAGCAAAUCGCUACUAUGAAUGAGGUGAAUGAGAUGAAGAUCCGAGAAUGUGAGUCAGUUUUUGUACUGGAGAAAUCCAAACUGAUUAAAGAGCAAACCGAUAAACUGAAACGACUCGAAAAAGAUCAUUUGAGAGAAAUUGAGAGAAUUGGAGAACAAGCCGAGGAGAAAAUUAGAAUCUCUGAAGUUCAAAGUGAAGAGCGAAUGAAAGCUUUGGAGCUGUCGAUUCAGAACUCGAUUUCGAGUGCACUCGCAAACGAGAAGAUGCUGUGGAAAAAUGAAUUAGACAAAUGCCAGAAGAUCGCCGAGACGGAAAUUAUGCAAUGUGAAUUCGAGAAACGUGAUCUGAGGGCUUUAUGGGAAGCAUCCAAUGAGGUGAUCAAAGAACAUGAGAAUAAGAUUGAUGAGUUGGAAAGGAAACUGAGAGCUGAAAUGGGCAGUAGCAGCAAAACGAAAGAGGAGUAUGAAAACGAACUGAAGGAAGCUAGCAAAGAAAAUGCUCGUUUGAAGACGGAAAAGUACAACUAUCAGCUGACUCUGAACAAUACGCGAUCUACGGUGAACAUUCUCAUGGAUCGUUUGAAGAAAUCGGACGGAGAUGUUGAAAUGUUGAAGUCUGAAUUGGAAUCACUAAUCAAGAGCAAGUCCGAGAUCGAAACUGAAAACAACAAACUACGUGAAGAGAUGGAAGAGUACAGACGGGUUUUGGUUGCCCUUCGUAUGUCUUCCAGUCAGCUAGAGAAGGAGAUGCGCGAGAAAGAGGAAGUGUUUGAAAAGAUAAUGACUUCCGAGGAGGACGCCAUUAUGACUGUGUCCCAAAUUGGAAAGCUUUUCAACGAAAAGAUGGAAGAAAGUAUAUCUAGGUAUUUGGACAUGUACGAAGAUUUGAAGAAGAAAUACGAUGCCCGUGAAGCAUACAUUCAGGAUAUGAAAACGUUGCUAGAUGAAUUUGCAACCGGCAUUGAACUAGCUCGGAUUGAGCUCGAUACCAAGGAUAAAAAGAUAUUUGUGUUAGAAAAUGAAAACAAGGACAUCAAACUAGAAAACAUGACGAUCAGAUUCAAAUGUGAACAGUUUGAAAAAUACCAAAACGAUGGACGGUGCCAACAGCCUUCACCUGUUUCUCCGCCCAGGGUAGAAGAUGAACAAAUGGUUUCAAACUUUCUCAUAGAGAACAUUAUCAAUCAGUUGGAAAAGAACGGUGACGGCAAAAUACUCAGCAACGAACAUAUCGAAUUACUCCAGGAAGUGAUAGAAUGCGAUAACGAGAAGGAGGAUACUCGAAUAAUCGAGCUAAAUGAGAAGCUCAAAUCGACCGAAGAGAAGCUGCAAAUAGUGGAACAAUUCGCGAAAGAAACCUCCGAUAAAUACACCGAGCUGUUGGAAAAUCAAAACAACCGACAGAAGACGAAGUCAGUUGAAGGCAAUAAAGAUCACCAGCAUCUAAAAGCGAAAAUCGCCAAACUGCAGGACAUCAACAAAAAGCAAGAAAACACCAUCCUUGGACUGCAGCAGCAGCUAUCGUGCUACGAUUCGCCACAGAAACUGAACAUGUCGGGAAAAGUGUACGGCAUCGGUAGUCCGAAGACACCUAAGAAAUUGAUUGCUUCACCCUAUCCUGGAAAAGAAAACCGGUCCCCGGCAACUGCAGUGGUUAACGUUUAUAGUCCUCGAGCGAACGCAUUGCGCCCGAGAAAUAACUAACGAAUCAAUCCAUGAUGGGUAAAUGUCGUUUCGAUUAAUAUUAUGGAAUAGUCGCUAUUUUAUAUGUACUCAGUUAAAAUCGAGCCAUACGCAAUUCUUCCUGUGGCCCGAAAGAAGGCGAUGAGUUCGUAAUUUCGAACAUUUGGGAAGAAUAUUUGUAUAGAAUCGCACAAAUUCAAGUGUUCUAAGGGGUAAUGAUGAUAUGGUCACAGAUAACACUAUAAAAACCAUUGGAUAUUUUCAAUGAGAACUCGUGAUAACAGGACUCGAUAUAAUAUUUAAUAAAUGCGAAUACAAUAGGAAAUGUUCCUUCAAAACUUCAGAACACAAAAUGUCAAAACGAAAAAAAAAUACAACAGCAGUUACACAAAGUAGUCAAAUAUAAUA